UUUUUUCAGUUAUAUUUCAUCGGCAUACAGAUCGGGUUACAAGCACGCUUCAAACUUUUAGAAAUUCGCUUGGCGCUCGCAAAACUUUUCCGUUUCGGUUUUAAAAUUCAAAACGCCCACAAAAUAGCAAUGGCGUCGAAUAGCAACAAUAGCAACAGCAACAACAACACCACCACCAAUACGACUACCACCACCAACAACAACAACACCAACAACAACAACAACAACAACACCAACAAUAAUCACUACAACAACACAACUACCACCAGAACCACUGACAACAAUACGAACAGCAAUACUAACAACAGCAACAACAACAACAGCAACAGCAACAGCAACAACAACAACAAUAACAACAACAACAACAAUCACAACAACAGCAACAACAACAACCACAGCAAUAUUUUGAUCAACCGACGCCGCCGCCAUAGACAGAACAUUUAUGACUAUAUGGAACGCAUGGAGAUGCCGAUGAUGUUGCCGUUGACGAUGCCGACACCGAUGCCGAUGCCGAUGCCGAUGCCAAUGACGAUGCCAAUGACGAUGAUGACCCCGAUGCGCGGCCAUAUCGAGCGGUAUGCGCGACAGCCGAUGCUGCGGACCAGAAGACAGCUGGGCGGCUGGGGGGCGAUGGGCAAUGAGGGCCAGGCUGGAGAUGUUGGUAAUAUUGGCGAUAAUAAUCAUGUUGUGGGCAUACCCACCGUCGCGCCCGCUAACCAUAUGGCCCACAUGGGCGGCGGCGAUGCAGAGAUCAUAUUUGAGGCGCCAUUGGCGCCGCAGCAUCGCGGCGCCGGCGAUGGCGUGCAGGGGGAGGCGGCCCAGCCGCAGCCGCAGCGAGUGAUCCAGCCGCCAAGACGGGAGACACUGGAGCAGCGUCGCGAGCGCAGCGUGCAACAAAUACUGCGCCUGUGCGACUUCAUACAGCAGCAGCUGGCGACUAUUGCCGCCCAGAUCGAUGCCUACGAGAGGAAACUGGCCCAGCACAAUGCCCAGUCACCGUCGCCCCCGGAGCCCGACGGCGAUGUCAUAUAGAGCUUGCAUACCGUGCAGCCGCUCUUGGGGAUGCUGGAGGAGAUGGGCACUGGAUCUGCAAGAGUUGGAUGAGCUGCGUUGCUGACGCUCAGUUCUCUGAUCUCGGCUUCCGUAUUCGCACAAAAUUCGCUAAUUGUUGGCGUGUUUCAUUUUGUUUGCACAUUUUAAUCAACAAUUCCUUUUCCAAUCCAAAAUUGCCUUCGAGUGCACGUGUUAUCGUUGGACGCACAAUUGAAGCAAGUAAAAUCUUAUAUUUUGUAUACCCGGUACCCCUUGCAAAAGUAGAGGGUAUAAUGACUUGUGCCAAUGUAUAUAACAGGCAGAUAGACGCUUCAGCUUACCCUAAAGAGUA